CCUUUAAUUUAUGUGACACCGUCCGCAUCAAUAUUUCAACGCAUGGAAAAUGGACGACUUUUCUACUUUCUGAGGAAAUCGAGACAUACCACUGUCAAUUUACCAAUCUACUGACUACUUGUAACCUUUCUGGUGGAAUAUAUUAAUUACAAUUUAUCAAAACAAGUUGUGUUCGUUAUAUAUUCAUCGAGAUUGCGAUUGCAGUCACCUGGUUAAACUAGUUGAGUCCGGCUCAGCAUAGUAAAUUGACAACAACUUGUCUACACAUCUCCUGAACAGGAAAUACAACAGAGCAUCGUUCGUAGCUGUUACCUUGACACUACGCAACACAGAUUGUGCGUACUAGGCAGCAAACCAACAAUGUUGAACUAACAUUGCCUACAAAUAGUUGAUUUACAUCAUGGAUCUCAGUCACGAGGAACAACAAGAAGAAGUUCAGCCCCCCGAGGGAGAUGUCACUGAAGAACCAGAAGAAAAUCCGUCUAAAACAACAAAUUUAGAUGAAAGCGCCGAGACUAGGCGAGUGCGUGAACUUACCGAAAGGGGACAGGGAGCCUUUAUAGAAAAACACGACAAGUUCUAUAACAACUUAGAGGCCCUAUGGUCAAACCUAGAAUCUAGAUUAUUAGAAACAACCAAGCAUCCUUACGACCUCCAGCAAUUGUUAACAGCACAGGAUAAAAUUGUACAAGCCUGUACUAAUUAUCGCAGGCUCACAGACGAGUACUUGCAAUUUCUCAAAAGUACAAAAACAUUAGACAGCCUUCAAGACAUUGAUACCUGCAAAUUAUCAACGGAUAUCCGAAUGUCUAAAGUUGACCUGGCAAUUGAAACUUUGCACGAACAUCGCCUUUCCUUGACAAAGGCUAAAUCAACAAAAACGAGGACAUCUAAGGGCAAGAAAAGCUCGCACAGUGGGAGCUCACACGCCUCCGACAUGUCGAGCCUAGCUAGGAGAAAGCGUGCCAAGGCAAGAAGCUGCCCUCCUUAA